UCUGUUAUAAGGCAGAGGUUUGGAUUUAACUUUGGAAGCAUAAAAGGAUAUGUUUUUCCCAGAGAGAUCUCACAGAAUGAUGCCUUGGAGGUUAUAGAAGCAAAUGUGUUUUCCAACCUUCCCAAACUACAUGAAAUAAGAAUUGAGAAGGCCAACAAUCUCGUGUACAUCGAUCAAGACGCCUUCGAACACCUUCCGAGCCUCAGAUAUUUGUUAAUAUCAAACACUGGCCUUCGGUUUUUACCUGCUGUCCAUAAGGUGCACUCCUUCCAGAAAGUUUUACUAGAUAUUCAAGAUAAUAUCAAUAUACGUACAAUUGAAAGAAAUUCAUUCACGGGCCUGAGUUCUGAAAGUGUGAUUCUAUGGCUGAACAAAAAUGGGAUUCGGGAAAUUGAGAAUUAUGCAUUUAAUGGAACUUACCUGGACGAGCUAAAUCUAAGUGAUAAUCACAACCUAGAAAAAUUACCAAACGAGGUCUUCCAAGGAGCCAAUGGGCCCGUUGUCUUGGAUAUUUCAAGGACAAGAAUCAGUUUCCUGCCAAGUCAUGGAUUAGAACUCAUUAAGAAGCUAAGAGCAAGGUCUACAUACAACUUAAAAAAGCUUCCUGAUUUAAGCAAAUUCAGAUCUUUGAUUGAGGCAAACUUCACCUAUCCUAGCCAUUGCUGUGCAUUUACAAACUGGAAAAGACAAAACACUGAAUUACAUCCAAUAUGUAGCAUAUCUCAGGCCAAGCAAGAUCUUGAUGAGCAGCCCGGCGAUAAGAUACGUAGACGAUCUGCAGCUGAAGAUUAUAUUUCCAGCUACAGCAUGGGAUUUGACCCAGCAGAGAAUGAGUUUGACUAUGGUUUAUGCAAUGAAGUAGUUAAUGUAGCUUGCUCACCCAAACCUGAUGCUUUCAAUCCAUGUGAAGAUAUCAUGGGAUACAACAUUCUGAGAGUCCUGAUAUGGUUUAUCAACAUUUUAGCUAUCACUGGGAACAUUGUUGUCCUUAUUAUUUUAAUAAGCAGUCAAUACAAACUCACCGUACCUCGCUUUCUAAUGUGCAAUCUUGCAUUUGCAGACCUCUGCAUAGGAAUCUAUCUGUUGUUUAUUGCAUCCGUAGAUAUCCAGACCAAAAGCCAGUAUUACAACUACGCCAUAGACUGGCAAACGGGGGCAGGAUGCAAUGCUGCAGGAUUUUUUACAGUGUUUGCAAGUGAACUCUCAGUCUACACACUGACUGUGAUAACUCUGGAAAGGUGGCACACCAUCACCUAUGCCAUGCAACUGGACCGCAAGGUUCGAUUUCGUCACGCUGUGAUUAUAAUGAUUUUUGGCUGGAUCUUUGCUUUUGUGGUGGCACUUCUUCCCAUAUUUGGAGUCAGCAGCUACAUGAAGGUCAGCAUCUGUUUACCCAUGGAUAUAGAAACGCCUUUUUCUCAGGCUUAUGUUAUGUUUCUUUUAGUGUUGAAUGUACUUGCGUUUGUGAUUAUAUGUGCCUGCUACAUCUGCAUCUACUUUACUGUGAGAAACCCUAAUGUCAUCUCUUCAAACAGUGACACCAAGAUUGCCAAGCGCAUGGCCAUACUGAUCUUCACAGACUUCCUCUGCAUGGCACCAAUAUCUUUUUUUGCAAUAUCAGCCUCGCUCAAGGUUCCUCUCAUCACAGUGUCCAAAUCCAAGAUCCUUCUGGUUUUGUUUUACCCCAUCAAUUCCUGUGCUAACCCUUUCCUCUAUGCCAUUUUCACAAAGACUUUCCGCAGGGAUUUCUUCAUUCUGUUGAGCAAGUUUGGUUGCUGCGAAGUGCAAGCCCAGAUUUACAGAACAGAGACCUCCUCGUCUGCUCAUAAUUUCCACACGAGAAAUGGCCAUUGCCCUCCUGCAUCAAAAAACAGUGGUGGGACUAUUUAUUCAUUGGUUCCUCUGAAUCACUUGAACUGAAAUGCUUGCAUGAAUUUGUGUCAAGGCAGUGUGAUAAUCACUUUCAACUGUGAAUUUGAACAAUGAGUUCAGCGUAGCAUGCAAACUUAUUUUUUAUGAGAAAAAUAUUUUAUUUCCACUUUGCUAUUUUUGUUCAAUGAACAGCCAUCAGAGAUGACACAUCAUUUUCAUCAACUCUCGAAGAACAAAGAACAAAACUUCAGUAUGUGCCAAAGUGCUCUUGUAGAAUUGUCUCAAGAAAUAAUGAGAUUAAAAACUGGUAUCUCCUACCAUACAGGAAGAGACUCCCUUCAUUCUAGGAAGAUGUUAGCUGCUUAUUGAGAAUUAACUAAUGUUUAUA